GAAACGGGGCGUGGGCCAGAGCCUGAAGCAUCCCUGGCCACUACGAUCGCUCCGCCUGUGGCCACCAAUUCCCCUCCUCUUCUGGCGUCCCUCUCUCCGCCCCUGUCGCCUGCCAGCACCGGACACGCUGCUGCACUUCAUCUCUUGGGGCGCUCUUCUCUUUGGCCAACCGUCGCAUCCUGUGCAACUCUGGUCAGUGGCCGUUUUGUGUUGAAUGUUCUCCACCAAGAGCGCAUGGCUGCGGAAGCGAGGUGCAGACCGAGGUCCCGAGGGAUCGCCCUCCGGGAAGCGGUGAUGCUGUUGUUGUACUUCGGGGUGCCAACCGGGCACUCCUACAACCUGGACCCGGAGAAUGCACUGCUGUACCAGGGCCCCUCCGGCACGCUGUUUGGCUACUCGGUGGUGCUGCACAGCCACGGGUCGAAGCGCUGGCUCAUCGUGGGGGCUCCCACUGCCAGCUGGCUCUCUAAUGCCUCAGUGGUCAAUCCUGGGGCGAUUUACAGAUGCGGGAUCAGAAAGAAUCCAAACCAGACCUGCGAACAGCUCCAGCUGGGUAGCCCCAGUGGAGAGCCUUGUGGGAAGACAUGCCUGGAGGAGAGGGAUAACCAGUGGCUGGGGGUCACCCUUUCCAGACAGCCUGGAGAAAAUGGCUCUAUCGUGACUUGUGGGCACAGGUGGAAAAAUAUUUUUUACAUGAAGAGCGAUAACAAACUCCCCACUGGCAUUUGCUACGUCAUGCCUUCUGAUUUGCGGACAGAACUGAGUAAAAGGAUGGCCCCGUGUUACAAAGAUUAUACGAGAAAAUUUGGAGAAAAUUUUGCAUCAUGUCAAGCUGGAAUAUCUAGUUUUUACACACAGGAUUUAAUUGUGAUGGGGGCCCCGGGAUCAUCGUACUGGACUGGCACCGUCUUUGUCUACAAUAUAACUACAAACCAAUACAAAGCAUUUGUAGACAGACAGAACCAAGUAAAAUUUGGAAGCUACUUAGGCUACUCAGUUGGAGCUGGACAUUUUCGAAGUCCACAUACUACCGAAGUCGUGGGAGGAGCCCCUCAACACGAACAGAUAGGAAAAGCAUAUAUAUUUAGCAUUGAUGAAAACGAACUGAACAUCGUAUAUGAAAUGAAAGGUAAAAAGCUUGGCUCAUACUUUGGAGCUUCUGUCUGCGCUGUGGACCUCAAUGCAGAUGGCUUCUCAGAUCUCCUUGUUGGAGCUCCCAUGCAGAGCACCAUCAGGGAGGAAGGAAGAGUAUUCGUGUACAUCAACUCUGGCAUGGGAGCUGUGAUGGUUGAAAUGGAAAGGGUCCUUGUCGGAAGUGACAAAUAUGCUGCAAGAUUUGGGGAGUCUAUAGCGAAUCUUGGCGACAUUGACAAUGACGGCUUUGAAGAUAUUGCUAUUGGUGCACCACAAGAAGACGACUUGAGAGGUGCUGUCUACAUUUACAAUGGCCGAGUCGAUGGAAUCUCCUCCACCUACUCACAGAGAAUUGAAGGACAGCAAAUCAGCAAAUCAUUAAGGAUGUUUGGACAAUCUAUCUCAGGACAAAUUGAUGCAGACAACAAUGGAUAUGUUGAUGUAGCCGUUGGUGCAUUUCAAUCUGAUUCUGCAGUGUUGCUAAGGACAAGGCCUGUAGUGAUUGUUGAAGCAUCUUUAAGCCAUCCUGAGUCUGUAAAUAGGACAAAGUUUGACUGUACUGAAAAUGGACUUCCAUCUGUGUGCAUGCAUCUUACACUGUGUUUCUCAUAUAAAGGCAAAGAGGUCCCAGGCUACAUCGUUUUGUUUUACAAUGUGAGCUUGGAUGUGCACAGGAAGGCAGAGUCUCCGUCAAGAUUUUAUUUCUUCUCUAAUGGGACUUCUGACGUGAUUACAGGAAGCAUACGAGUUUCAAGCAGUGGAGAGAAAUGUAGGACACACCAGGCAUUCAUGCGGAAAGACGUGCGAGACAUCCUUACCCCCAUUCAUGUAGAGGCCACAUACCACCUUGGGCAUCAUGUGAUCACCAAACGAAACACUGAGGAAUUUCCACCACUCCAGCCGAUCCUUCAGCAGAAGAAAGAAAAAGACGUUAUUAGAAAAAUGAUAAACUUUGCAAGGUUUUGUGCCUAUGAAAAUUGCUCUGCUGAUCUCCAAGUUUCUGCAAAAGUUGGAUUUUUGAAGCCAUAUGAAAAUAAAACCUAUCUUGCUGUUGGGAGCAUGAAGACCAUAAUGCUAAACGUGUCCUUGUUCAACGCUGGCGAUGAUGCUUACGAAACCACUCUGAAUGUCCAACUCCCCACAGGCCUUUAUUUCAUUAAGAUCUUAGACCUGGAAGAGAAACAAAUAAACUGCGAAGUGACUGAGAGCUCAGGCAUAGUGAAGCUUGCCUGCAGCCUAGGUUACAUAUAUGUGGAUCGCCUCUCAAGGAUAGACAUUAGCUUUCUCCUGGAUGUGAGCUCACUCAGCAGGGCACAUGAGGACCUCAGCAUCAGUGUGCAUGCCUCCUGUGAAAACGAGGGCGAAUUGGACCAAGUGAGGGACAACAGAGUGACCUUAACGAUACCUCUAAGGUAUGAGGUUAUGCUGACUGUUCAUGGGCUUGUGAACCCAACUUCAUUUGUGUAUGGAUCUAGCGAAGAAAACGAGCCAGAAACAUGCAUGGCCGAGAAGCUGAACCUCACUUUCCAUGUUAUAAACACUGGGAUUAGCAUGGCUCCAAAUGUUAGUGUGAAAAUAAUGGUACCAAAUUCUUUUCUCCCUCAAGAUGAUAAGUUGUUCAACGUUUUGGAUGUCCAGACAACUACAGGGCAAUGCCAUUUUAAACACUAUGGAAGAGAGUGUACAUUUGCACAGCAAAAAGGCAUAGCGGGGACGUUGACCGAUAUAGUCAAAUUCCUAUCAAAGACUGAUAAGAGACUCCUGUAUUGCAUGAAAGCUGAUCAACACUGUUUAGAUUUCUUAUGCAAUUUCGGAAAAAUGGAAAGUGGGAAGGAAGCCAGCGUUCAUAUUCAGCUGGAGGGCAGGCCAUCCAUCUUGGAAAUGGAUGAGACCUCAUCACUCAAGUUUGAAAUAAAAGCAACAGCUUUUCCAGAGCCACACCCAAAAGUUAUUGAACUAAAUAAAGAUGAGAACGUGGCCCAUGUUUUCUUGGAAGGGCUCCAUCAUCAAAGACCCAAACGACAUUUCACCAUCAUUAUUAUUACCAUCAGCUUGCUACUUGGACUUAUUGUACUUUUAUUAAUUUCAUGUGUUAUGUGGAAGGCUGGAUUCUUUAAAAGACAGUACAAAUCUAUCCUACAAGAAGAAAACAGGAGAGACAGCUGGAGUUAUGUCAACAGCAAAAGCAAUGAUGACUGAAGACUUCUACACUGAGAGAACUGAAAAACUCAGGUUAGGAAAAAGAAAUCCUGUUCAGAAGACCCGUCAGAAUUUCUUCUUUUUUUCCAUGUGCUUAUGAUUUUGUGACAUACUCUUAGUGCAGGGGAAAUCUUCAAGAAAGAAGCUACCCAAAGGUGGCUUGUCAGCUUCGGUGGAUGAGUGAAGCAAAACACUAAAGCUCUGGAUGUACCGGAGAGGUGACCUGUUUAAGACAACUUAAAGCUAGAGAGAAUCCAGACUCAGCAGGGCCGACUUAAAGGGAAUGAUUUUUCAACAUCACUGAUGAAGUGGCUCAUCUCAGUGAAAUGGAUGCCAUGAUGUGGAAACUUGUUGGCUUCAAAUACUUUUGAUUUAUCUUCAAACUAUGAUCAUGAUCUUUGAAUUCACUGAGACUCUUUCAAAUGGCUGUUCCAAGAUUGUCUAAUGGAUAAGUCAUUUUUUAUUAGAUAUUUUCUUUAUUUACAUUUCAAAUGUUAUCCCCUUUCCUAGUUUCCACUCCAAAAAUCCCCUAUCCUCUCCCCUGUCCCCUGCUCCCCAAUCGACCCACUCCCGCUUCCUGGCCAAGGCGUUCCCCUAUACUGGGGAAUAGAACCUUCACAGGACCAAGGGCCUCUCCUCCUAUUGACAGAGCACAGGGUCCCCAAUGAAGGAGUUAGAGAAAAUACCCAAGGAGCUGAAGGGGUUUGCAGCCCCAUAGGAGGAACAACAAUAUGAACUAACCAGUAACCCCAGAGCUUCUUGGGACUAAACCACCAACCAAAGAAAACACACGGAGAGACGCAUGGCUCUAGCUGGAUCAAUCAUUUUAAAGCAGAGGACCUGAAGACUGCUCUUGGUGGUGCUGCAUCCCUGGGCUGUGUCCCUACAGCCCUUUUACUCUGCAGAUAGGAACUGUAAAAUCCUAAAGAACAAAAUCCGUUUGCAGCAGGAUGGCUUCUGGGGAAAUGGUCAGCUGCGGACUCUUGUGUGUAUGUACAUAUACUUUUUUAAAGGAUAAAAAUCUCAAUCUACUUCUUUAUUAAGAACACCCAGGAAUAGUUUGCAUCUUCUAAGCUUCACCUUUAAUACCAAUUCUUAAGAAUUUUAUCCUCAUAGCAGAUUAUAAAUAUCGCACUUUAGCUGAUACACACUGAUACAACAUGAACUGCAGCUCACUGAUGAUCGAAAAUUGUGUGAAGAGAGAUUUAGGAACCAAUAUUUCAUAAAACAUUCACUGCAUCAAAUUAUGCAAACAUGAGUAUCUGCUAGGAUAUUGUUGUUUCUCUUGGUCUGGUUGAAUAUACAUAAACUAGGACUCUAAAACACCACAUUCUGUCAUAGAAAUGGAGACACAAAAAUCAUAGUUGGAACUGCAAAUCACUGAUCAAGUUUGUGUGCAGUGGCAUCAAAAUUCCCAUGCGAUAAUGCAUGCUUGAUGUUGUUGAACAAGAUACUAUUUUAAAAUGAAAUAGCUUCUACCUGGGUUUCACAUAAUUUGUCUGUAAUUACAAUCAUUUUUGUAGUAUUUAUUUCAUAUAUGUAGUUUGAUAAAUGUAAGUUUUCAUUUGAAUCUGUUAUGUGUAAGCAAGCUAAGGCCAGACUUUGAACAUGUGCUGGGUAAAAGGGGCAGCCUUCAGUGUUGUGAAGAAAGAUCGCUUUACAGGAAGGGUUUGAUGCCAGCUGGCCCUUCCUCAGAUUUCCUGACUUGUGAGGAUGGCUUGUUCACAAGCCUCUGGCUGGAGCCGUGGAGGGAGGUUUUGAGUGCUGAAACUUGAGCAUAGAGCAUCAGAUCUGGGUGAGCAGAAACCAUAUUUAAUUAGAUGCUUAUAUUUUUAAGGGAUGCUUUUUUGUGUAAAAGGUUUAAGUUGAUGGUUUUCUUAUAAAAAUUCAAGUAGUUAUUUCAUGAGGAUGCCAAAGUUAAUAGAUGAGAAAUCAAUAUCAUUUUAGACCUACCGUUUCAAGGAAUGGUCUCUGAGGAGAGUUAAAUGUGGAUCAUUGCACUGAAAACCGACUCCUGCCUUUCAGGUACAAAAGAACGUAGCUACCUCCUGGGCCACAUUUUGCCCAAUUAGAAAGAAAUAUUUUUAUAUUUAUUAAUAAAACUUAGAAUUUUAUAUAAGCUUUAAAAUGUAGUUAUUUCAAAAGAUGCUGUUAUGGGAUGGGUAGUAGAAUAGUAGCCUAAGAGGAAAGAAUGUUUUUUAAGUGGGUGUUCGUGGUUAUGUUACUAUCUCACUGUGAAGUCUGAGAUUUUACAGAAGUUUUGUUUUACUAGGUUACAGGAGAUACUAAAGAAUUAUCUUCAACAGUAUUGAGAGAGCACAAUGUUGUUAAAAUUAGAUCUAACAAACACCUUCCAAAAAUCAAAACUUUGAUUUUUUUCAUUAAUUUCAUAUUUUUUGAUUUUCAAAUACCUGGCUACUAUUUUAAUUAUAUUAAAAUAUUUUAAUUGCAUUAAAGUAGAUACUUUAAUUAUAUUAAAUAGAUAGCUUCAUUAAAAUGUGUUGCAGUAAAUCUCUCCAACCCAAAUAUGCCUUGGCAAUGAAAACACAACACAGUUAAUAUGAUUGCAUGCUGUGCGCCUAGAUUGGGCAGAUCUACUGCUACACUACUGUCUUCCACAGCUUAUGAGACCCCUUAGAACUUGCGGUUUCUCCAGGCCAUGUGCUUCUGCUCUGCUUCACUUCAUCUUCCUCCCCCUCUGCAUCCUCUCCCUCUUCCAUUUUCUCCUUCUUUUCUCUCCCUACCUUCGGCUCCGCCUUCCCUUUUAUCUGCCCAAAUAUCAGCUCUCCUUUAUUUUACAAAUUAAGGUGGGAAUCAGGUUUACAGGAAAUCACCUGAGUGCUGACUCAUUCCUUGUUCACAACCGCUCAUGGGAGAACAGAAUUAACAUCAAAUAUAAUUAGCCCCAGGGCUAUCCUCAACAUUUACCCCUUUCUGUCCAAUUAAAAGACUAUUUUAUCUCAGAUAUAAUUGAACAUAACAAUUAUUAUUUUGUAAUUUAUAAAGUACAGGAGACCUAACACCCAGUCCAUCAUCUUUGUUAAUUAAAUAAAAAUCUCUGUCAUCUAUCCUUACUUAAAAGACUAUAGUUCUGCACCUGGCUAGUUCUGCAUCUGAAAACCAUCCUCUCAAAUCUAUUCCUCUCAAAGUGAAAAGCCUGGGCUCGCCUGAGACUAUGUAGUUUUUCAACCUCAACAUAAAUCCAAGAAUGACUGAUAUUAACUGAAAAUAUAUAGGAAGCCUAACAUAGCUUCCAAAAUUUAGAUAAUUUGUUGAGACCACUGGUCACUUGGACAGUCCCUUACUUCAACAGGGUGGAGCUUUGAUCUUCAGGCUACUGGCCUUAGUCAUCUGACAAGACUUAGAGAAACAAGAAUAUUAAGGACUAGCCUACUGUCUCGGCAGAAUCAAGCUGUCCUAACCUGUAGUUGUGUCCUUUCUUUGGACAGUAUUAUAUCUGUAGAUGAAAUGAGCCAAUUCUUGCCUAGUGACUUUCACCACAACUAGAGUAACUCAAAGAUGCUCAGUUUCUUCUUUGAAUCCAAGACAGGGAAAGCUGUCAGGAGCAGACUAGUCUCAACAACAAGUGAAUAAAUAACAUCAAACUUCACAUUCUGUGGACUUCUGAUGUUUUUGGAAAACCAAUUAUCUAUAUGAAGUAAUCUGAACUGUUCUCUGAACCUCUCUCAGCCAUUUCUGAUUAAAAUAACUGAAAACACCCUAACAAUAAACUCAGAGCCAAGAAUUUCCUAUCUGACCCUUAACUCACAGGCUUAAACAUCUCAGCUCUGUUUAUCAUAACAGCAAUUGAAGGACUGGGUCUAAGCCUUGUACUUCAAAAUUUUUAGUAUCAAAGACAACCUAUAAUAACCACCCGCAGCCGCAAAGCUUAGGGAACUGGGAUGAUGAAUCUUCAUAACUUCUUCAAGCUGAUAUGGGCGUUGAGAUAUUUUUGAAGGAAGGGGGAAGAAUAGGGAAAGGGGGAGUUAGUUGGCCUUAGGAAGGCCCCACCAUGAUUGUAUUAGUUUCUGAUGUCUCUGUCCUGACUGGAUCCGGAUGAAAAACCAAGAUAUCAGUUCAGGCAAGUCAGUUCAGCAUGUCUGAUGAUGAAAUUCACCAAGGCUGUAUAUUCUGUAAUAUAUAAAUCUCAAAAAAAAAAUUUAGUAUCAUCAAUAUAACCUUUUUGUUUGAUUCUCAGGAAUCUAGUUCUCAGGGGGUCUCCUUCUAUCAAAUCUGAUCCAUAUAACUCUAGAAUGUGUAAAUACCUUAAUCACCUUUUCCAAAAACACAAAGAUAAAACCUUUCCCCAAAUCAGCAUAUCCUUCAGCUGGUAACCAGGAAAACCUGUAACUUGCGCUCUGUCCCAGAGGAACAAUAAAACAACCACAACACACAAAAUCACACACAUUUUAGCCUAUUUAGGCCUUUCUAAUUUGUCAUGUCAGGAUAUUAACCCAAAAUUUCCAUGGAGUCCACGUUAGACAGAAUAUGAAUCUCUUGCAGACUUUAUUAUACCAUCUUACAACAAUUGAUUCAUACUUCUAUUUUCCUUUCCUUUUCCUUUCCUCUCCUCUUUCCUUUCCUCUCCUCUUUCCUUUUCUUUCUAUACCUGGUUUUAAGAAGCAGUUUGUCAAACCAGGAUUUAAACCCAAAAUUCCCGUGCAGCCCACAUUAGACAGAAUAUGAGUAUCCUGUAAGACUUAUUAAAGCAAUAUAUCUUUAUACCAUCUUUAAAGCAAUUAAUUCAAACUUCUACUAAUACCUGUUAUACCGUCUAUCUGUUGUGCUCUCUACCAGGAGCCACAGACAUUUAUUUAAUUAAUACCUAUUAUAACAUGUAUCUGUUAUGCUCUCUACCUGGAGACAUAGACUUUAUUAAUUAAUACUUGUUCAUAGCAGGCAAUUAUCACUGCUGUCUCUACUUGGAGUCAGUAACUAAUAAUCCCUAUAUAGUUCCAAAUCACAGGUAAAAUUUCCCAUCUUUAAGUACUAUACCUGCUUAUAAGAGGCAGCUUGACAAACCAGGAUUUAAACUAAAAACUCCAGUGGAGCCCAUGUUAGACAGAAUAUGAGUAUCCUGUAAGACUUACUAGAGCAAUAUAUCGUUAUACUAUCUUUAAGUAUCAAAAGGUUAUAUUUUUCUCUUUAUAUCAAUGAGUUAUUUGGUCUGGAGACCUUUGUACCUUUGCCUCCCAAUUUUUUAUUCAUGGGGAGAAGCUGAAUGUAAAAAGACCCCUGUUGUCUGUGUCCCUGUUUGGAAGUGGGGGAGGCAGGGUAGGGAACAAAGGACAUAGGGAAGCAAACAGGGAAGGCUCUCUCUGGUGUAGAUGCUUCUCUGCUGUUCUCUGUAGGCCCCUCAAAUCAAAUUCAUACUGCUACAGCCUAGGUCACUGCCCAAGCCCCUUUCAGGUGUUGGGGGGCAGUGAAUUUUUAUCUUAGUUAGUUGAGUUCAAAUCAAUAUGUUGGGCGCCAUUUUGUUGUGUUAAAUCUCCAUCCCAAAUAAGCCCCGGCAAUGAAAGCAUGAUUUAAUUCAUAUGCUUACAAGCUGUGCACCUAGAUUGGGCAGAUCUACCACUACACUACCAUCUUCCACAGUUUAUGAGACCCCUUAGAACCUGUGGUUUCUCCAGGCCAUGUGCUUCUGCUCUGCUUCACUUCAUCUUCCUCCUCCUCUGCAUCCUCUCCCUCUUCCAUUUUCUCCUUCUUUUCUCUGCCCCACCUUCCCUUUUAUCUGCCCAAUCAUCAGCUCUCCUUUGUUUUACAAAUUAAGGUGGAAUCAAGUUUACAGACAAUCACCUGAAUGCUGACUCAUUCCUUGUUCACAACCACUCACAGGAGAACAGAAUUAACAUCAAAUAUAAUUAGCCCCAGGGCUAUCCACAACAAAAAUGCAUUUUCUAUUUGUAUAUAUCUUGCAUGCCAGAUUCCUUCAUAAUAAAUUUCUGCUUACAUACUUCUUUCAUAUGCAAUCACAUGCUACUUUGCAAUCAUUCAUUUCUUCCAGGCUUCCUCCAUAGAGCCUGAUCAGUCUUGGGUGCAGCCUAUAAGGAAUAACAAGGGUUUGAUGAUUUCAUUUCUGGGCCACUAUGAUUUUUCACAUACCUCACAAGUGUGGUGCAUAAAUCACACAUACAGAUUGGCAUAUACUCCUAGCUGAGCCACAAGCCAGCAAGGACCUAAAACACCAACAUCUGUGACCAUUCCAAAGCACUCUUAACCACCUUUCCUGCCUGGUUAAUAUCCGCUAGUGCCUCUGUGAAGAGACAGUUACUUAAGAACACCCCACCUAGCAGAGGACCCUGUCCCUCCCUCCCAGCACACUUCAGCCUGCUGAGACAUUAAGCUUGCUAAGAUUGAGUAUGAGUAUUGAGUUUCUACAACUUUAUACCCAUUGCUCAUUCUUGUUGAUAUAUAUGUACAGUGUGUGGAAUGCAUUAUAAAGAUCUAACAGUCAACUCCAUUACUUUGUGUGCUGAAUUAAAUAAAAAAGGAUUUUGAU